AUGGCCGGCGGACGACUGCUGCUGCAGGUGUUCCCUCAGGGCCUGCGCACCCUACGGGGCACCGAGAUGCUGGUUGACCACUGGGCUGCUGACCUGGCGCGCGGCGCGGGCGUCGACCCUGUUGACCCCGGGGUGAGCGUCCUCGCGGCACACAUCACUGACACCGCCGCCCUGGUGCGCCUGAGCUGCGGGGCGCUCGCGCUCCUGCGCCUGGACCCCGACUCCCUCGCGCUGGCGCCGGUGCGACUCGGCGCGGCGCAGGGCGGCCGUGAUGACCUCAGCCAACCAGACGGCUCAGGACCCCUGACGCUGAUCGGCUCCUCUGCAGUGACGGCCGCCUGCCUUGCCAGCCUGCCGGCGGCCGGGUCGACAUUGCAGCGGGCCAUUGUGGCGCUGUGCCGGGAGGGCGGCGCGCUGGAGGUGUACGAUGCCGACACGUGGGAGCUGGUGCUGAGGGAGGAGGACUUUGUCCGCGGCAAGGCGGCGACCGAGGUUCUCAUCGCAGCGCCCACGAGUCUUGCAGCCUUGCGGCCAGACCUGCGCGACGCGGCGCGGCCCAGCGCCGUCGCGCCCAGCCAGCACCCGUACCUCCUGGCGCUGCUGAGCGACGGGACGCUGCUGGCCUACCGCGCCUUCUGGACAGGGGGCCAGCUGCGGUUCAAGCGGCUGCUCCUGGACGUGCCUCCUUGCCUCCCUCCAUGCCCAGGUUUGCCUGACGGCCCACUUCCACCUCGCCUCACCUUCUUCCAGGGCAUGGGGGAGGACCUGGCCUGCAGCGGCUUCCUCCUGGCUGGUGCCAAGCCCUUGCUGCUGGUGGCUUCCAGGAACACCCUGGUCCCUCACCCCUUUGGCCUGGGCCAGCACCUCCCUCUGGCAGCCUUCACCCCCUUCCACAACGUGAACUGCCCCUUUGGGUUUGUGGCCUCAGCACCAGAUGUGGCUCGGAGUCAGGGGGGCCUGCACAUUGGGCAGCUCCCUCCGCGAACCCGGCUCGACGGGCCUUGGGCCCGGCAGAAGAUCGCGCUGCGUGCCACCCCCCUGCAGGCCACCUUCUACCCUGAGGCCUCCUUGAUCGGCCUCCUCGUCUGCCGACACGCGCCCUACACCCCUGCGAUGCCGGAGGAGGACGGCAGCGAGCCCCAUGCUGCCUACUCCUAUGCUCUGGCCGACGCAGCCGCCGCUGCUGCUGGCCCAGCAGCGCUCGUGCAUGAGGUACGCCUGCUGGAGCCCGGCAGCUGGGAUGCGCUGUGGCGGCAUGCCCUGCUCCCUGGGGAGCGGGCCCUGGUGAUCAGGACGGUGCGCCUGCGCGAAGCCCGCACCGGGGCCACCGUGCCGUUCCUGGCGGUGGGCGCCGGCUUCCUGGCGGGGGAGGACUACCCCUGCGGGGGCCGCGUGCUGCUGUGCGAGAUCAGGCGGGGCGCCGGGGGCAGGUGGCAGUCGCGCAUGGCCUACGCCAGGGAGUUCAAGGCCGCAGUCUGCGCGCUGGAUGUGGUGGAGGGCGGCCUGCUGGUCGCCACGGGUAACCGCCUGGAGCUGUGCCUCCUGCUCUCCUCGGCGGGGAGCGAGGACGCAGCCCCCGGGGCGGAGCCCCGGCCGACGCUGUACAAGCUGCAGCGCUGCGCCUUUUACGAUGGGCCCGUGCUGAUCACCAGCCUGCAAGUCAUCAAGAAGUUCAUCCUGCUGGCGGACAUCCUGCUGGGCCUGUCGUUCCUCACCUACUCCACAGAGGCGAGGGGCGAGGCAGGGGGCCCCCCGGCAUGCAGCCCUGCAGGUGCCUGCCGGCGCUUUACACGGCAGUUCGUGCUGCUCUCCAAGGACGCGGCGCGCGUCCAGCCCGCAGCCACGGCACUGCUGGUCUCGGGCAAGCGCUUGCACCUGGUGAUGGCGGGGUUGGACGGCACGCUGCGCAUGCUGGGCUACGACCCCACGCACGCCAACAGCUGGAAGGGGCAGCGCCUCGUGCACAGGGCAUCGCUGCACACUGGGGAGGUGAUGGCCUUCAUGGCGCAGGUGGACCUGGCAGCCCUGAGGGCCGGCGCGCUCCCGAGCCCCGCCCCCACCUGGGGGGUGCUGGUGGCCUCGGCCUCCGGCGCGGUGGGCCUUGUGGUGGGCCCAUCCUGGGACGGGGCCGACGCGCCCCACUGCCCCCCGGCAUCGCUGGCACGGGCCCUGGCAUGCGCCGGCCCAGCCCCUGCCGGCCUCAACGCGGUGGCAUGGCGCCGGCGUGGCCGGCCGGAUGGUGCGACCAUGCUGGACUGUGGCCUGCUCGCCACCUGGACUGCGCUGGACCUGGCUGCCAGGGAGAGGGUGGCCUCUGACCUGUGCGUCGACCCCGGCGCGCUGCAUGCGAGCCUCGCCGCCCUCCACCAAGCCUGUCGUCUGGACUGA